CUCCAUAUUUCGUUGUACGCAUUGCCGUUGGCCGCCGCCAAAUCAAAAAUAGCUCGGUCGUACAGACCGAAGAAGAAGAAGCCAACGUCCGCGCGCAAAAAAUAACAAGGCUUUUUUUAAAAACCACUUACGAUCUUAUUCUCUCCAUCUCCAGCCAGCGAUGCCUAGUGCAUCCUCCCUUUAAAUAGACCCCGUCUCUCAUUCCCUUUACUUGGUCCUGAUAUGGCUUCCAAUAAUUAUCGUCCACCACCUCAACACUAUUAUCCCUCAUCUCCUCCAACCCGUUAUGCAUCUCCAACAUUGUCCGAGCAGGGAUCCAUGCGAAGCAUGGCCUCUCCUCCUCCAGCAUAUCAACAGCCAUAUCUCAAUGGAUAUGGCAACAACAAUCAUUAUAGACCUCAGCUGAACUUGCCGACAAAUCGAAAUUCAGAUACUCUGAGUACAUUCAUUCCCAACGCGCCGCUUCUCCGCAACUUUGACCAUCAAUAUUCAGGCACACCGGACAGCCAGAGCCAAAAUAGCUCAUAUCCUUCCUCCAGUCCUCACAAUUCCAUCCAAAGCAGUGGUGGUCCUCCUUAUCAUUCACCUACCCCAUCUCAUGCCACCAUCGCCUCUAAUGCUAGUCAAAGACCUCUGCCCCAGAGAAAAUCGUCGUUGCGGGGAAGAGAUCCACAACCCAUCGAUAUGAACCGAUCUAGAAAUCCUCAGCAACAACCCAAUGGACCACCCAUGUCACCUACGCCAACCCAAUCUCAGUCUACUCCUCCUCGCAGAACACACUCUUUAAGAAAUCGAAAUCCAGCCGCCAAUCCCACUCCAGGCAACUCUACACCACCUAUGCCACGCUUGCUUACUCCUCAGAACCACAUGGGAAUCCACGAGGUUUUGGAAGCAGAAGCUCGAUCCAAUGAUUACUCUCCAUCACAGUCCUCAAGCCAAUCUAGUGAUACAAAUUCGGUCACCAACCCACGGAUAAGGCAAUCGCCACAGAAGCAGGCGUACAAUCUAACUGUCCAACCUCCUCCAAGAUCAGCGUCAAGAAAUAACCCUGUACCAUCCAAAUCUUCGCCAAUCGUACCUCAUGCUCGAUCUCCAGCCAAUGCUAACAUACCUUAUCCUCCUUUACCUGUUCCACCCAAACAUACCAGCGAGGAAAAGGGUAAAGGUGUUGCUGAAGUACCACAGCUAACGGUAACACCCGAGCGGCCGCAAAGAUCAGAUCGCCGGCCUUCAGUUGCGUCCUCGGGCAGUAGUCCGAAGAACUCUGUUAUUUAUGAUAAUAAGAACCUGGAUCCCAUCGUUGGUGGUGUUCAGCGAAAACAUAACUCAUAUGUCUCGACGGUACCUUACUUGACACCAUUUGAGGCUAUGCAACGUAUACAUCCCGAUGCCAUGCACAUUCUUAUUACCAAGGCGGUAGCGGAUUCGAAGGAAUACGGUGUCUUGUUUGAUUCACAGGAGCAUGAGGAGUUCAAGGCCGAGUAUCGACGACUUGACUCACGCGUACGCUCACUAGCUGAUUCUCAUUCCCGCGAAAUGCGAAUCUUGCAUUCGGCUCAAGAUUUGCUUCGAAUGUUGGAGCAGCAGCAACAAUCUGGCGGACAAAAGGUGUCGCGGUCCGCCUCCUUCCGAACCAAAGCCACCCAUCGUGAACUUGCCGCUGCUAGUGAAAAGGUGCGUGAAGCCGAGGCCCAUGUAAGGAAUAUCACCACUGAGCUCUGGCAUGCGUUUUCUCGCAUGAAUGAAGUCCAACGACGUAUUCUGGAACACACCGCAGCCACCUUGAAUGUCGGUAUGAGAAGAUUGGAUGAUGGCAACAAGAAAUUGAUGCUACGUGUGAAGUCAGCCGAAGCGGGUGUAUGGACUGUGCCAGAGGACGUGGAUGCUCGCAUUCAAGAUGAAAUCGCCAACAUCUCAAACACCACCUCCACAGGAGAAACCGUGAUGGAUGAAUACUCUAAAUUAUCGCCUAUUGGCUCUGCAUCAUCACCUGAUGUGAUCUAUGUUCGAAUGAAGGUAUUGGAAAAGGCUGUCCAAGAGCUUUCCAAAAAACAAACCGACGACGCCCUUCCUGAAAUUAAACAUUUGGUUCAUGAACUAUGGGAAAAGAAGUGCGGUUCAGAUACUCAAGACCAACCCUUGUCUGUUGUAGAAGAAUUACGUGACCUUUCGGAGAAGGAGGACGCUGUUACUGAAAAGCUUGCAGUCUCUUCAAAUAUGCCUCAUCGUCUGACCAUGGGAAGUGAAUUACGACACGUGCUGGAUUCAAGCUUACUUGAGCUCACUGGUAACCUGGGUAGUCUGGAUAGCGAUCGUAGCUCGGAAGGACCCAUGUUUACCGAUUUCCAGAGCAAAGGUACUUCCUCUGUUGCAACCUCAAUCGAUCCCCCGACUGUAAAGCCCGAGUCUGUCACCGUUGCUGAAAUGCAAGAGAUGUCUCAUAAGCAUGAAAAGAUGAUGGAGGAGCUUGAAACGGAAUACGAAGCACGCCUUCAUGAAGAAGUCAGCUUCCGCAAAAAAAUGGAAACUGAAAUGGACUCACAACGGCAGCAGGUAACCAAGUUGAAUACCAUUGUGCAAGAUCUGGAAGGAUUGAUUAAAUCCAAGCAACGAGAUCUGGAUGAACGGGAUGUUCGAAUUGAAAAAGAAAAAGAAAAAGCGGCAAAGAUGACUGCAGAGAAAGAGGAAGCGAUAACGGAUAUAAAGAAGCAAUUGACCAGUGUUCAAAGCCAAAGGGCCGAAGCCGAAGAAAAGGUGAAGGAUCUGACGCAACAGCUCGAAACCACCAAUUCGUACAAGAACAAGCAGCUGCCUGUCCCCAACAAAAGGGCCAACAAAACAGAUACCAUGUCCGCGUUCCUGACAAGCUACCUUGAUGACAGCGAUGACGAUGAAGACGACGACGAUUUGCCCGCUUUGCCCAGCCAUCUUCGUAGUCGAUCGCCUGUGAACAGUCGCUCUACUCCCUCGCCCAGCGCUGCCCGUCCUCAACUCCCAGCAGCCGUUCGCAGUCGUCCAAGCUAUGACUUAAACCGCGAUGAUAUCGCUAGUGUGAAGAGCCAAGAAAAUGCCCCUAGACAAAAUAUUCCGUAUGGUGUACGGUUUUAAAAUCUCCCCCCCCCCGCCCGAUACAGUUCAUAUUUAUAUACAUACCAUGCUUUCCUUUAUUAAACAAAUCCCUGCCCUACCCGCCAUUUACAAACUAUUGAAUCAUCCAUUAUUUAUAAACAGAGACCAUAAAGGUGUUUACGAACACAAAUGGCU